AUGAAAGACCAGCGCGCACAACCAACAUUAAUCGGUUCCAUACUGGAGGAUCUCUCAAAGAGAGAUUCCCGGUUCCGAUUCAUCAAAGAGUCAUUUGACGAGUUUCGGUAUGGAGAAUUCGCAAGGCAGCUAGAAGCUAUUGCUUCAAACCCAGCAAGGCCUGAUGAAGACCGAAGCUCUGAAGAAAAGUAUAUGGGUUCAUAUUUAGCAUAUCUCUCCAAAGACCUCAUCAAUAGCACGAUAUAUGAACUUCUUAAUGUGUUUGACAUCGAUCUCACCCUGGAUCAAGUUUUAGAGGCAGACGACGGGAAUGUUGGUCUCUUGAAAGCAUUGCAUAAGAUAUCGGAGAGCCUAGUACCACAACCAGCAAAGACGGCGUCGCUAGACAACCCAAUUCCAAAUCCCCAAAAGAGAGGUAACUACCAAUAUCCAAACCGUCUUCAAUCAUCGAAUAUCCGAGUCCUACGUAUACAACCAGGCCUUAAUGGAAGCCUUAUAGAAUGCCAACUCGAAGAACGUAAUAUCGAUAACGACAGUAUUGAAGAGGCUUUAUCUUAUGUAUGGGGGAAACCCGUCUUCGAUAAGACUAUUACCAUUGACGGCAUCCCAUUCGAUAUAACUACGAACCUAUACAAUAUUCUUCAUAGACUGCGCCGAAAAGAUAUAACUCGGAUGAUCUGGAUCGAUGCUAUCUGCAUAAAUCAAUCAGAUGUAGAGGAAAAGGGACACCAAGUCCGGCUCAUGAGAGAUAUCUACUCAAAAGCGUUAGAAACAAACAUAUGGAUAGGCGACUGGCCCACAGAACAGAUGAUUCCCAGAUCAGACCUGAUGGAAAACCCCGGGAAUAUUCUUGCUCCCGUUCCUGAAAACUUUGGUGGUCACUCGAUGGACCAAUAUGAUCUUGUCCACAUACUGAAGGAAUGCCUCGAAUAUCAAAUAACUGAUACUUGGGACGAAAUAUGGCUAAAACUAAACAUAAUGCUCGUUCGCUGUGUAAAUGUCAUCAUGAUGCACGAAUGGUGGGAGAGAACGUGGACGAUACAGGAAGCUGCGCUACCACCAAAUGAACCGAUUAUACAUUUCCGCAGCUAUCAGUUUCCAUAUAAUACCCUGGUGGCGGCUACAAAUGCUGCUACAAAGUUGUUCAAGGAUAUUGUUAAAAUACAUCGCGUCUGUAACUUCACUGAGGCGACUUCCAUGACUAAUAUACAUGUUGCGUUCAAUACUCAAGUUUUACACUGGGGAGCAAAUCGUGGAAGUGAACCACUUCUCCGUAUGCUGCGCCCCGAGAAAGGGGAAGAAACGUUUAUAACAAACCCUUGGGACAGGUGUUUUUCAUUCCUUCUCUCGGAAAGUAGUACCUACCGCGCUACAGAUCCGCGUGAUAAGAUUUUUGCAUUGGAGUCUCUCACAGUGGAAAGUGAAAGACUACUCAUUAAUGUGGAUUAUAAUGAAUCUACCGAAGCUGUGUUCAGGCGCAUCACAGCCCGAUACUUGAAUCAGUUUCCAGGAGAUCGUCUUUUGCGUUACAAACUAUCCAUUGAGCCUAAUAGCAGCUUCAACGGAAACGCCCCAGGUCCAUCCUGGGUUCACGAUUUUGCAUACUCCGAUGCGAGAAAACAGAGUAUAAAUAUGGGACAGAUAGAUCUUUACGGGCACCUUCUGCGUAAUUCUCCGGUGUACGAACCCUUAAGCGGACAGGCUAUAUGCUUUGCAACUCCAAAGACUCUCUUUUGCUCGGGGAUUUCUACAAGUGCCAUUUGCACUGCGAAGCUGAUCACAGACCUGGGCGAAAACCCUUGUAAGGGUUUAUGUCGAUUCUUGGAAGGUUUUCUUAGUGAAGCGCUUGAGGAAUGGAUAGAGGGGGCCACAGCCGACAGCUUGCUCGAAAGUCGGAUGUCAUUCCCUGCUGAGGAUGAUAUCAUGAAGCUUCUCACUUUAGGCUCACCUCUAUGGAGAAAAUUCUCAGAAGAACCCAACUCCAUGAUAUUGGCGGAGAACUAUAAGUACAUGAGCGGGUUAUUCUCUAAAAUCACCGGGACGUACUUAUUUGCUACAAGGGAUCAAACCAUAGGGCUUGCGACAGCACCAGUACAGAAAGGCGAUAUCCUCUCCAUCAUCCACCGAUACCCAGGUUACGUCAUUCUCAGGGGGGUAAAGUGCCAGGGUGAAUCGCAAGAUGUUGAAAAGUAUCGGAUCGUUGCACGUGCGGCCAUCACCGAAAACCAGGAUAAAAUGAGAGCUCGGAUAGACAAAGGUCUCCAAGAACGCGUCUUCCAGAUCAUCUAA